CAUUAACAACUACACAACGAUAAGUUAACAGGUUUGGCUAAUCAGUCGACUUCGAGAUUUGCAACGGAUACACCACCAAUGUGCCUUGUGAACACUUAAAAGCUUACCAUUAAAAAUUUGGACUGUACACAGUCCGACUAAUUGUGAAGUGAAUACAAAAUAAAAACGAAAUCAAAAUGUGUCGGUGUCUAGCGAAAUAUAUUUUGUUUGCAGUUAAUUUAAUAUUAACGCUCCUAGGCCUUUUCCUUAUAGGCUUCGGAAUAUUUAUAAAAAUCCAGUACAACAAGAUGCUAGAUGACGUGCUUGGCAUAGAACUCGAUCAAGACUAUGCACCAAUCUUCGUCAUCUGUAUAGGUGUAAUAGUAGCUAUUAUUUCCAUGUUCGGAUGUUGUGGAGCCAUCGCCGAGUCAAGAAAGACGCUUAAAUCGUAUGCCGUGUUUAUGGGUAUAUUAGCUGUCUGUAAGAUAGCGUUCACAAUAUACCUGUUUGUGGCAAUGUCUGAAGUGAAAGACAGUUUACAAAGAAAUAUAGAACAACACUUUAACGACCCAGGUCAGAACGUAGCGUUCCACGCCCUUGAGGCUACUUUCAAGUGUUGUGGCACAACAGGCCCAGAAUCUUACAUCAACAACAACAAUUUGGCAGCACCAACGUGCUGCGAGAAGUUCAACAAGGACCCUACGACUACUGACGAUGCGAAUAGAAUCUGCUCAAUAAACGAAGCCUACCCAGUCGGCUGCACUCGAUUCAUUGGAGACCUCAUUUACAAUUUCUUAAGAACAGUCGCUUUUAUCUUAAUAGGAUUUAUAGUAUUUGAGUUGAUGGCGAUGCUGUUGGCGCUAUAUGUCGCCGCUACGAUACCACUGCCGGUUGUGAAUCCCCCUACAGUAUACUAUUCCUACUAACGUGUGCGUGUGGCUUCGCCUGCGUUUACGUGGCAUAAAAAGUAGCCUAUGUGGUAUUCCAGACUACCUACCCCUUUCCGAAAUUUCAUACCAAUGACCCUUCAGCCAUUUUGACGUGAAGGAGUAAUAAAAAAACAAAUAUGCACUCUCGCAUUUAAGCCCCGUCUCCACUAGCAACAUUUGUCAUUGUUGAAACUGUUCCUUGUCGCACAAUCAACAAUAUCGUGGCGAUGUCGUCCGACGUCACCUGACAUCGUCCUAUGUCUCUGGGGACACAAUAUGUCGCUCGACAAAUGUUCCUAAUGGGGACUAGGCUUUAUAAUAUUAGUAGGGUUACUAAUGCCCGAAUACUCAAACGCUACUCAAUUUUAAGACGCUCUCAAAUGUAGUUCUGUCACUAUCAAUUCUUUAUAAAAUGACAGAGAUAGCACGAUAUUUAAGUACAACUUAAAAUUGAGUAGCAUUUGAGUAUUCGGGCGUAAAGCUCAUAAUUAUCUAACUGGUGCAUAAUUUACCUUCUGUAUAUUUCCUAUUCAUAAAGUGUUAAAAUGUGCACCAAUUAUACCAACGCUAAGUAGGUAGCUCUGGAAUUAAUAACAAACCUUUAAUCUCUGUACAGAUUAUCUUGAUAAUAUACUCGUACAAAAUAUAUUUUAUACUUAUUUCUUAAAA